GUUAAAGAAGCUUUUCUAGCAAAAACGAACGGUUAUAGAUGAUGAACAGUCUCCAUUUACCAGCUAGUGUUACGUUCACCGGUUACUCCGACACUACCGACAGUGGAGUGGGGGAAAUGUAAUGAUUUUGUCAAGGACAGAGCACGUUUUGCAAUGCCAGUUUCUAAAAUCAUCCACACGAGAAACAGCAAGUACAUGAGCCGUUUGGUAACGUUGUUAGAUCCUUCUGAUAAUUAUGCUGUCAUCCAUUUAUCAUGGGAUAUGGAGAGCUGCUGUCCACACACUUAGGACAAGCAGAGGAACUCCAUCCUGCAGAUUCCUCUCCACCUGCGAUGAACACCCAGUUGGACUGGCUGAUGCUGACACCAUCUUUGCAUUAUCAUCAGGCCAUGGCAGGUGUGGGGUGGCUGUGGUACGAGCCAGCGGUCCAGCUUCAGUUACAGCUCUGAGGUGUAUGGCCGGGCUCACCCGCAGUCUGCCUCCUCCACGUACCGCCCUGUUACGCAGCAUCACAGACCCCCAGUCUAAAGAAGUGCUGGACCGCGGACUUGUCCUCUGGUUUCCAGCUCCUCACAGUUUCACCGGAGAGGACAGUGUGGAGUUCCACAUCCACGGCGGUCCUGCGGUCAUUACUGCCGUCUUACACGCUCUUGGAAGCGUGCCUGGCAUGAGGCCCGCUGAAGCCGGAGAGUUCACGCGGAGAGCCUUCCAAGCAGGGAAACUGGGUUUAACAGAGGUGGAGGGGCUCGGGGAUCUGAUCCAUGCCGAGACAGAGGCUCAGAGGAGACAGGCUCUCAGGCAGAUGUCAGGAGAGCUGGGACGCCUUUACCAGAACUGGAGCCACAGACUGAAACAGUGUCUGGCUCAUGUUGAGGCCUUCAUAGACUUCAGUGAGGAUGAGCUCAUUGAGGAUGGGGUCUUAAGCCAAGUGGACAGACGGGUGUGUGAUCUGCAAGCGGAGAUGGAGCGACACCUAAAGGAUGAGAGGAGAGGUGAGAGGCUACGCAGCGGAGUCCAGGUGGUCAUCGCAGGAGCCACCAAUGCAGGGAAAAGCAGCCUGCUGAACACACUGUGCCAGAGACCUGCAGCCAUUGUGUCUCCCAUUGCUGGCACCACCAGGGACGUAGUCGAGACGGCACUGGACAUCGGUGGAUUCCCUGUCCUCUUGAGUGACACAGCCGGCCUCAGAGACAGCCCGGACCUGGUGGAGAGAGAGGGGGUCCGCCGCGCUCGGGAAAGAGUGGAGCAGGCAGAUCUGACUUUGGUGGUCGUGGACUGUUCUCACCUCCCAUCUGAUGCACAGCAAGCUGCGGCCUUCCUUCAGAGGCGCCUCAGCAGCGUCCUGCCCAGCCAGGAGCAGCCCGAGACAGUAUGUCCUGCAGACAGGUCUCUCCUGGUGCUGAAUAAAAUUGACCUGUUGCCUCAGGAGCAGAGGCUGAAGCUGGAUAGAGAGCUGAGUCGGGUCUCUGGACUCCCUCCUGUUUGUCUGAUCUCUUGCCACACUAAUGAAGGACUGCAGGACUUCCUCACAGUGCUGCACAGUAGUGUCAAGACGCUGUGUGGCGACCCUCUGUCUGGUGCCCCCACCCUGACCCAGGCCCGCCACAGGGCCCACCUGCAGCAGUGUUUGGCGGCCCUGGCUCAGUACCAGCGGUACCGCAACAUCGACCUGGCUCUGGCAGCCGAGGGUGUCCGUUUGGGUCUCACCAACCUGGGCCGAAUCACUGGACGUGUCGGGGUAGAGGAGAUCCUGGAUAUCAUCUUCAAAGACUUCUGCAUUGGAAAAUAAUAGAUGAGCAGCAGCGAAAACAUGAAAUACAUGUAAUAUUGGCCAGCUCAGAGAGGAAAGCUGCCUUGUUGUUUGGUCCCAGAGUAUCAGCAAAGCCACAGCCUCGGCGCCGUGCCAGGCUUCAAGACACAGCAAGAGAAAAAAGAAUGAAAUUCAUGUUCCUGGCUGCAGGAUCACUCUGCUCCCAAGGCACAGAAAUGUUUGUUUUCUGUUGAUGCUUUUUAACAGACUAAAAUAGUUUUAGUGUGAUGACAGGUGCCUCAGAGGCCCCAUAUGCUGGACAAGUGUUUGGCAAUUCUUGAGUCGUCAUUUAAAAAUAGGUUUUGAAAGCCUUUGAUAGGUGAAGAUUGUGCUCUUGGGCCGCAACAUAACAGCCAAGUUCGAUUAAAAUAAAGCCAGCUGCAGACCUCUGCAAGGUCAUAGACUCAACAUUUGGAUGUUUACUCGUACUGCAGGACAAUGAAGAAUACAUUUUCCCCCACAUUAACACCUGAAAGUAAGCCAAAGAUAACUCAAAGUAGUUGCAUAAGUUUGGUGAGAAAUUUCAUUUUUUUUAUUGUUAUUUGUUGUGUUAUAUAUGAUGAUGUGUGCUUUUGUAACAGAUCAAAUUUAUCUCAUGAAUCAAACAGACGGAUCACAGAACAAAUCUUAGAAAUACCUAAAAACAAAACAUUUACAUGUUAUCAUCCUGUAGUUAUGUCAAGUGUUUCUCUACCAACUCCGGGAGGAAAUAUCUGGCUCUUAGGCUGCUGAAUGUGCCGCUGCUGAAUGUUCGCCAGCUGGUCAGUAACUUUUUCUGUCCACUGUUGGUGCUGUGCAAGCAGCACA